AUUGAUAAUAGGCAAGGAUUACCAUUAAAGUUGUUCGAUUAUUCCAUUUGAGAAAACGAAAAAAUAACUGGCCCCUUGAAAAUGCAACUACAUAUAACUGAAAAUCCCAUGGUCUGCUUAUGAUUACACUGAGGCAGAGAGGGAGAGGGAGAUAGAGGCUCUCGAUACAUGCGAUUCUUCUCCAGUUCCCUCUAAGGUUUCGAUUUACCGAUCCCACCGACAACCCUAGCUCGCAGGAAUUUCCAACCAUCGGCCAUCCCAUGGAUUCCUCGGGGUCGAAUCACUUCGACAUCAUCGAGAUUUACCGACGGUACUGCGAUCUUAGAUCACGGUGUACAUAUGUUAGUGAGAGAGAGGGCUACAAAGAAGAUGAUGAAUCGCAGAUGUCCAACAUUUCAAGGGAUGCAUUGACUCAGUUCUUAAAAUUAGUGGAGUCAAGGGUUGAUACGGGGAUUUCAAUUUUUGAUGAACUUGUGAUGCUCAUUUCACGGCUAGUCUUGAUGGUAGAUUUUUCUGAGUUCUCCCGCUUCUAUGAUUUUGUUUUCUUCAUGUGCCGUGAAAAUGGUCAAAAGAACAUCACUGUAAGCAAGGCAGUUACUGCAUGGAGGUUAGUCUUGGCUGGGAGAUUUCGACUGCUUAAUCAAUGGUGUGACUUUGUUGAGAAAAAUCAACGACAUAACAUCUCUGAGGAUACUUGGCAGCAAGUUUUAGCUUUCAGCCGGUGUGUACAUGAAAAUCUGGAAGGUUAUGAUCCUGAAGGUGCUUGGCCUGUUCUAAUAGAUGACUUUGUUGAGCAUAUGUACAGGGUCUCGGGAACUAAUGAUAACACUAACUUCUUCUGUAACUGUGGUGAUUUAGAAUCCCAGUCUUCCGAACUCGAUGACCCUCUUCCUGGAUUGAAAGAUUUUCCUGGUUUGAAGAGGAAAUUACCUGAGGACCUUCAACAAGAUGAAUUGGAGCCCUCAACUAUCGGCUACCCUCAUUCAACAGACCUGGAUCCUGUUUUGAGUUUCAAGAGAAUCAGGCUGACUUGUCACAAACCAGCAAACUGGGCGGAUAAUCCACAUGGGAAUAAUACCACAGAUGAUUGCAUGGAAAUUGUUAGACAUAACAGUCCAUUGUGUUCUUCCAAGUCUCCAUGUGCAGUUGAAGGUUGUUUGUCAAAAGGCUUUGCAGGGCUUUUCUCAACACGUGCCUAUUUGCGGUUUAAUCGAGAAAGGAGAGUUUCCUGAACAGAGCUCCUAGCCACCUGAGUUGCAAUGGAGAAAUAUUUCAUUGGGGGUUGAUAUAUUUGGAUACACGUAUCUGUAUGGCUUUGGGAUAUAAUCAUACACACACACACACACAUAUAUAUAUAUAUAUGUACGUAUAUAUCAUCUUAAAUCUUUUGACCGUUCUUA